GAUUCGACUCACAAGCACGAUUCACUUAAGAAUCGGACAUUGCUCGAUCAGGCCUGAGGCGAUGUGUUAUCUAUGUAGUUAAUCUACGCUUGUCCGUUAUAGCGUCAAAACAUUAUAAUUCUUCCGUGUUAAUUUUCCUAACUGUUCUCCGUUACUAUUCACGUGUUUACGGAAUUCUUUAAUGAUUUAUGUCUUGAAUAACAUUGAGAACUGGUAACGUUAUAUGAACAUAGCUCAAAAAUAAGUAGCUAUAGCCAACGUUUGGUGUGUCCUCACCUUUGCUGAAGGAUAAUUAGCAUCAAGACAUUCAAAUAGUUUAUGUACAAACUGAAGUGACAAACACCUUAACAUAAGCAUGUUUAAAGGCAAAACGGCAUGGUUCUCCGACAGUGUUGGAAAAGGGGUAACCAACUUCUGGGUUUCUGAAGGAGGAGCUCUUUCUUCCUGGAAAACGGCCGGUUACCUCUUCAGUGCUGAUGCCUCCUCUGAAGACACUGAAAGGAUAUAUGAAAGUGAGGAUUAUGUAAAAAACAAAGCAAGGGUUUUCCACAGCAACUUCCUGUCAGCAUGUAAAUCCCGGCAGAGUGUAACAUCUGUGCCUAUUGGCCACUAUGUUCUGCCCCCCGACUCUGUCCAGAAUGAAAUGAGAACGCUAAUCGGAAGGUUCAUUUGGGAAACUGAUGAACAGGUGAUGUGUGAAGAUCAGAUAUAUACUGAAGUGUCUGAAGACAGUCUGUCUGAUGUGACUGAACAUCAUCCAGUGAGAGAGAAGAACAGCCAGGAUGAUUACGAGACCGCUGCAUCGCCAAACAAGGUGUGUUCUUGUAAUGACAUGUGGAAAUAUCCCGUGAACAACAUGAUCUCAGGAUAUGUUUAUAUUGACCAAAUGAAGAAGUAUUCAGGGGACCUUUAUGAUUUUCAUCCCUCCCUCCAUGGCCAUAACGUUUCGAGAUCUAAUGACGUGACACCUCGUCAUUGUCACAAAGAAAUGUAAUAUAAUAUGCUCCACGUAAGAAGUUGAUUGUCUUUGUU